UUGGGCCUGCUGAGCGGCGGAAGACGAAGCCAGAGUUGCUGGUUGUCUCGCCGUGGCAUGUAGAAAAAGGCACCCGACCUGCGCGUGUUCGUCCUUUUGCACAACCUUAAUCGUAAUCCUCUGUCCUUUCGUUUUGGGUGCUGGUGUUUUGCUCGACUCUCUCUCUCUCUCUCUCUCCCUCUGUUUCUUAUUCUCCCUCUGCCUCUCCAAGGACACAAAAAGUGCGCUGUCGUGAACAGCCGCCGUCGUCAUCGCCUACCCUCCCCCCAAUUCCCUCUUUACUUCUUCUGUGCCGACCUUGCUUUGCGCGACAUCCGCGACUUCGAUUCUCGACCCUCGCUUGGCCAAAGAGCAGCCUUUGUAUUUUAUUUCUUCAUUCUAAAGUUGCGAGGUCGGCACCGCGUUUGGCCAUUUGCCCUUGGCUAUUGUGCGCGCUCACAGGAAACGGGUUUGAGGUUUCCCACGCGCUGCACAAUCAAACCAUCCACGCCGACCCACUUUGUGCGGCUCCCCCUUUGGACUUUCUGCACACGUCGCAGUCUGAAACGACCGCCAACUCACCCUUUUCUUUCUCAAUGAGAAUCGUGGACAUGGACGAAAAAGAGAGGCCCUCGGGCGAUAGCCCUCGCUUGAAUGCGUCCUCUUUGUUGCCUCCUCCAGCGACCGAGCAGCAAAAGCGCGCUCUUCGGAUUCCGUCCGCCGUAUACGUGACGUAAGUGCAAGACCCAGCAAAUUGAGUCGACACCCAUUGCAACGGCUGCAGAGUGUUGCGCACAAGUUCUACAGAGCAACAAUUAUGUGCCAUGGCAUGAACGAGCACUCGUUACUCUAUAACAUCCCGCCUUGGGACGAUGCAGCGUGGCUUCAAUGCAAUGAUCGAUCCUCAGCGCCGCGGCUAACAACCGGAGCAGUGCUUGGAUAGCAGCGAGCAGCGGUACCAUCCUCUACAACAAGUGGCUUCUGGACACCCUCAACUUCAGAUACCCGAUCAUCCUCACAACAUGGCACAUGCUCUUCGCAACGAUCAUGACGCAGAUCCUGGCGCGGUCGACCAACAUGCUCGACUCCCGCCACAAGCUGAACAUGAACAAGGACGUUUACAUGAAGGCCAUCUUUCCGAUCGGCUUCUUCUUCAGCCUGAGCUUGAUCUUCGGCAACAAGGCGUACCUCUACCUCUCUGUGGCUUUCAUCCAGAUGCUGAAGGCGACGAAUCCCGUGGUGGUGCUCUUGAUCACCUGGGGUCUCGGCUACAAGCCCUUUGACGGGAAGACACUCGCCAAUGUGUCCGUCAUCGUCAUCGGCGUCAUCAUCGCCUCCUACGGCGAGAUCAAGUUCGUCCUCGCCGGUUUUAUCUGCCAGGCUCUCGCGACAGGCUUCGAGGCCACACGUCUCGUACUCAUCGAGCGCCUCCUGAGCGCGUACAAGAUGGAUGCGCUCGUCUCGCUGUACUACUACGCGCCCGUCUGCACGGUCAUGAACCUCGCUGCGAGCUUGUACUUUGAGUCCCCGACCUUCAGCUGGGACCGGGUUACCGAGGUUGGCUACUUCAACAUGAUCGCCAACGCCGGAAUUGCCUUUCUCCUUAACGUCUCGCUCGUGCUCCUCAUUGGCAAGACCUCCUCGCUCGUGCUCACACUGUGCGGCGUUUUGAAGGACAUCCUCCUCGUCGUAGCAUCUAUCCUGAUCUGGGGCACUCCCGUCACCGCGACCCAGUUCUUCGGCUACAGCAUCGCGCUGGGCGGCCUGGUUCACUACAAGCUAGGUGCCGAAGCCAUCAAGAACCACAUCAUGGAGGCAAACCGCAACUGGCAAGAGUUCGGGCAGAAGAAGCCCGCCGCCAAGCAGGGGAUCAUCAUUGGCACCGUCGUGCUCACCAUCUUCAUCAUGGCUGGCGGUCUGGCGCCCAGCUUUGCGUACAGAAGCGGCACGUACGUGAAGAGCUUGUUGGGAGGGAGCCAGGUCAGCUCAUGAGGCUUUUGUGGUCUGGGUACUAACGCGUGCGGAAGAGAGUGGCGCAAUACAUGUUACAUCAGAUUUUCUUCUUCUCUUUCUUCUUUACACGGGAAACGGGAAAUGGAAAAAAAAGUCGAUAGAGCUGCAUCACUACUUCCCAGUACAAAUUUUCCCCUUCAGGUGGGGUUUUUUUUUCUCGGUGUUAGCCUGGAGUCCCUAUUAAGAACUCUGGCCGUGUAGUUCUUUCUUUUUCAUCAGUGAGGAUAAGAAGAAAAAAUAAGAACAAAAAAAAUUGCAAAGCACGGACUGAGCCAUAAAUUGCUCUCUAUGUGAACCUAAC